AUGCAGAUAACGCAGCCUGGAGACGGGAACCCGGGUGGGGGUGGGAGGAAGAAGGGGGAGGAGAGUGAAGCGGACCCCCUCCAUCCCCGCUUCACCCGGCCAGCCCCCUCCCUCCAGGCCCUGCCGGACCUGGCGCUGUCUUCAUCUCCCAAGUACCCGCGGUCGCAUCGGGCGGGGAUCAGUACCCCAGAGCGCAAAGCCUGACGCGUCCCCCCUCUUUCACCCCUCCCCCCCCAACCUCCCACCACCCAGCCUCGGGCGGCGAUGAGACAGAGCGGCGCCUCCCAGCCCCUGCUGAUCAACAUGUACCUGCCAGAUCCGGUCGGAGAAGGUCUCUUCAAGGAGGGGAAGAGCCCGGGGUGGGGGCCGCUGAGCCCUGCGGUACAAAAAGGCAGUGGGCAGAUCCAGCUGUGGCAGUUUUUGCUGGAGCUGCUGGCGGACCGUGCCAACGCAGGCUGCAUCGCGUGGGAGGGUGGCCACGGCGAGUUCAAGCUCACGGACCCCGAUGAGGUGGCGCGGCGCUGGGGCGAGCGCAAGAGCAAGCCCAACAUGAACUACGACAAGCUGAGCCGCGCGCUGCGCUACUACUACGACAAAAACAUCAUGAGCAAGGUGCACGGCAAGCGCUACGCUUACCGCUUCGAUUUCCAGGGCUUAGCGCAGGCCUGCCAGCCGCCCCCGACGCACGCCCAGGCCGCCGCCGCCGCGGCUGCAGCGGCUGCCGCAGCCCAGGACGGCGCACUCUACAAGCUGCCGGCCGGCCUGGCCCCGCUGCCCUUCCCCGGCCUCUCCAAACUCAACCUCAUGGCCGCCUCUGCCGGCGUCGCGCCCACCGGCUUCUCCUACUGGCCGGGUCCUGGCCCUGCCGCCACCGCCGCCGCCACCGCUGCGCUCUACCCCAGCCCGGGUUUGCAGCCCCCGCCCGGGCCCUUCGGCGCGGUAGCCGCCGCCUCGCACUUGGGGGGCCAUUACCACUAG